CGCAGCGCAACAGCAGCCACGGGCCUCCUUCCGCGUAGGAACCUCAAUGCUGACUUUAUCGGGCUCUUUUGUCAAAGACCACCUCAGGGCAAAGCCCGUGGGGCAGCCGGGCCCGGGGAAAACAGCCCGGGGGUCUCAGGGGCCGAACAAGCACGGACCGGAAGUUCUGCAGCCACGCCGUCCGGCGGAGCCGUUGGCUGCGGACGCCGGAAGUGGCCAGUCGGCAGGUCUGAGGCGGCGCUCUGUGUGUGAAGCGUACCUAGGGCGGGAGGCGACAUGGAGCCCGGGGCGGCCGAGCUGUAUGACCAGGCCCUUCUGGGCAUCCUGCAGCACGUGGGCAACGUCCAGGAUUUCCUCCGCGUUCUCUUUGGCUUCCUGUACCGCAAGACAGACUUCUAUCGCUUGCUGCGCCACCCGUCGGACCGCAUGGGCUUCCCACCCGGGGCCGCGCAGGCCCUGGUGCUGCAGGUAUUCAAAACCUUUGACCACAUGGCCCGUCAGGAUGAUGAGAAGAGAAGGCAGGAACUUGAAGAGAAAAUCAGAAGAAAGGAAGAAGAAGAGGCCAAGACUGUGUCAUCCGCUGCAGCUGAGAAGGAGCCAGUCCCAGUUCCAGUCCAGGAAAUAGAGAUUGACUCCACCACAGAAUUGGGUGGGCGUCAGGAAGUAGAGAAAGUGCAGCCUCCAGGCCCACAGGACCCUGUGAAGGAAAUGGCCCAUGGCUCACAGGAGGCAGAAGCUCCAGGAGCAGUUGCUGGUGCUGCUGAAGUCCCUAGGGAACCACCAGCUCUUCCCAGGAUUCAGGAGCAGUUUCAGAAGAAUCCCGACAGUUACAAUGGUGCUGUCCGAGAGAACUACACCUGGUCACAGGACUAUACUGACCUGGAGGUCAGAGUGCCAGUACCCAAGCAUGUGGUGAAGGGAAAGCAGGUCUCAGUGGCCCUUAGCAGCAGCUCCAUUCGUGUGGCCAUGCUGGAGGAAAAUGGGGAGCGUGUCCUCAUGGAAGGGAAGCUUACCCACAAGAUCAACACUGAGAGUUCUCUCUGGAGUCUCGAGCCCGGGAAGUGUGUUUUGGUGAACCUGAGCAAGGUGGGCGAGUAUUGGUGGAACGCCAUCCUGGAGGGAGAAGAGCCCAUCGACAUUGACAAGAUCAACAAGGAGCGCUCCAUGGCCACCGUGGAUGAGGAGGAGCAGGCGGUGCUGGACAGGCUUACCUUCGACUACCACCAGAAGCUGCAGGGCAAGCCACAGAGCCAUGAGCUGAAAGUCCAUGAGAUGCUGAAGAAGGGGUGGGAUGCUGAAGGUUCUCCCUUCCGAGGCCAGCGAUUCGACCCCGCCAUGUUCAACAUCUCCCCGGGGGCUGUGCAGUUUUAAUGACCAGAAGGAAAGGAAACCCUCGCCGGUGCGGAGGCAGAGCCUUAUCCUCGGCCGCCCUCCUCGGCUCCCUGCGUUCCAGGGACUUACUCGUCUUGUUUACCCCUAACCAUCCUUUCUUUCAAGGGUGAACCAGGCCUUCCACCCUGACCUUGCAUCUCCAGACUGUUGCAGAGAAGGUGCGGGGCCAGCUGCUGUGUGGUGGCCGCUGUGGCUGACGCUGAGUGAAGGUGUUUGAAAUGCAGGAGAGGAUAUCCCAGCAAAUUGGGAUCACAUGCUUUUGUCUCCACAGCAACCAGCCACUGCAGGCAGCAUGUCUUUCCUCCCCUGCUCCCUGCUUGCUGUUGUUUUGACGCUAUUCUGCUUGCAUGUCUUCUGGUUGGGAUGUGGAGUUGUUGCUGGGCUCUCAGGCGAAGCUGAAGUCAUUGAAGUGUGUGAAGCUCUGUGCUUGCAUGAGGGCGAGCAAGGAAUGGCUGUGCCUGGGGCUGCUUUGGGAAACUCUUUGCCCCUUGACCUCUUUUGGGAGCAUUCACGUGGUCUUCUUGCUCAUCCCUUUAUAAAUGUGCUUUGCCUGCCUCAGCCUCAUGGUCAGAGCAGUGGAAACUGGAGCCCUGUUUGCACAUUCUAGUUGUUGGGAGAAAGCCCGGGUUCUGGGCUCAGGUCCAGAUGCAGCAGGGAUUCUGUUCUCUGACUGUGGCGACCUUGCUUUGGUUCUUGUUGAAGUGAACCAAGCCCAGCCACCACGCAUGGCAUGCUGUGCUUGGCUCCCCAUAAGACGUCCUCUUUGGGUGCGUGGUGUCAAAGCGUAGGCAGGAGUGGAGAGCUGGUGCCCUCAGGAGGAGACCACAGCAUGUUCAUCAGCUCAUCAGCAGAGCACAACAGCCACAAGUCCUGAGAAGCUUUGACCUUGAGGGGCUUCUAGGAGAAGUGGAAUUUCUGCAUGGGGCAUGAAGGCACACUGUCCCACCACAACUGAACCAGAAGAGAGUGAAGACUCCCCCCUUCCCAUCCUCUGUGCCAGGUGUCAGACUGCGCUCCGUGGAGCUUAUGGCCCGAUCUUACCUGUUCUCUAGGGACUGGUCACUGCCUCAGGAGCCCCAAGCCUAUGCCCUGAGCCAUGGCUGCUGACUGACUCCAGCCAAGGUGCAAAGAUGAAAUUAUGGGACAGGGCCUCAGGCCUGUGUUCCAAGUACUCACAGGGGCUCUGGGUGCCCAUCGCCGGGAGUAUGGUUCAGCUACCACCGGCACUGCCCAUUUGCCUGUCUCUCAAGCUCAGAGCAUGGAUGAGCCGCACAGCAGAGCAGUGCACCCUGGCACCAUGCACGGCCAGCAAGAAUCAAGGCCUGCAGAUGCUAAGAGAGCCUAUUGUCAGGGGAAGGACCCCACCCCUGCACACGCUCUCUGUGGAUACUUGGGUUGUGGGGGCUGUCUUGGAGAGUAAGUUUGUGGUUGGUUUCUGGUUUACAGUGGUGGCUAACACCCCUUGUAAGAAAGCAUUCCUGGGAAGUCUUCUGUGGGUCCAAACAUGUUGCUCCAUCAUCACGCGAGAGCAGAAGGCCCUAGAUACCCCCUUUGGAAUGUGAGAGCCUUGUUGUCUGAUACUUGCCACUGAGCUGGUGAAGCCCCUCUAAGGAGAUCUCGACCCUGGGGAGCAGAACUCUUGUCAUCUAUGAGGGGUCCUUCUGAGAAAGACUCAUUUUUUUCCUGGAGUUCUUCCCAUCGAGGUCCUAGGAUUUGCACACCACUGUCCCAUAAGAGCUUUCCUGCCUAAUGAAAGGAGGUCUUGUGUGUGUCUCCUCUCAUCUCUGUAGUUCCCGAGUUGGCCCCCAUUGCAGCCCCACCCUGUGGGUAGUCUUCCAGAAGUGAUGCAGUGGUGUGAGAUGCCCUACACCUUGUUAUUUGGGAGACUUUGAGAGUCACUUCCAUGGUGACCAGUGUUUGUUUUGCCUGAUUUUGUAUUCUGUGUUGCAUUUCUCCCCACUCCCUGCCCUGCUUUAAUAAAUGACAAACCAAUGUCUAGGAAGAAUGACUGAGGGGCAGUAUUGGGUAUUGGCCCAUGGCAGGAGCAGCCACUUGCAUCUGGUCCCGGUGCCACACUGCAGUGCUUGGUGUGGUUGUGGAGCCUGUCCCUGCACGCCUUGCUCCUGUUGAGCCAUGCUGUUUGGUGGGUGAUUCUCUGCCCUGAGCCACCACUCUGGACUGCUCCAGUCUCCAGAGCUGGCACACCCUGCCUGUUUUCUCUUUUUAGACACAACAGCCGCAGUUUGGCCAGCCACUAAGUCCCACCAGCUGAGGUCCGAGGAAAGCGGGGUGACUCAUUUCCCUUGUCCAGGGCCCCAGGAGAGUGAGGUGUCCAGCCUGCAAAGCUGUUCCAGCUCCUCGGUGUUGGUUUGCAAUAAAUCGGUAUUUAAGCAGUUCUGGGUCUGCGUGUGACAUUUGCUGCUGAGACAGUUCUGUCUGUGCAUGGUCAUUAUUGUUAUAUUCUGGCCUCGGGGUCCCAGGCCAAUGUACACAGCAAACACCAGCGUGGGGAAUUCUUAGGGGUUGUUUCCCAUCUGGUCUGAGUGCACUGGGCAAGAUCUCAACACAGCUUUAGAAAUCCUGUAAGAUUUUGAUUAGUGAGGAGAAAAAGAAUGUAGCUAUAGAUCUUACAUCCUUUCAAACAGGUUCUGGAAUUCUGUAGUUACCGGAAAGCUUAGGGUGAGUGCAGAGUUGGGAAUGAUUCCACUGGAGGGCCAUCUUUGCCUACCAGGCUCCAAAGCCCUCCUUGAUCUCCAGGUGCAUACCUGCUGUUACCUUUGCUGAGCCCUCACAACGGGCUUCCUCCAGGACAUAACCCCAUGUCUGACACACAAGUCUCCCAGGUGGCUGGCCACCUGCUUCUUCCUCAGUCAGAUCUUUGACUCUCCUUCUCUGUGCCCCACCCCAUUCCAUGGGUAUCCAUCUCCAGCCUCCUCCGACCCUGCUCACCCCUGGGGACAGGACCUAGGGGUGUGAGAAUUACUUCUUGGCUGAAUGAAGACUGUUUCAAAGGCAACCCUUAGAAUUGCCUAGCAUACUCCCAGGGCCAGAAAUAACCCACCAGAGAGGAGAGGCGUAUUUGCCCCUGAAGAUUGCAGGAGGGAGAACAGUUGAGAAGUGUUUUGUGUGGAAAUGUGUCCAAGAGGCAUCAGCUGCUGCACAGAGAACUCACUGCCCAGAACACUGCGCUUGGGGAACAGACCUCACCCCCACCUCAAAUCUGCUCCCCACUGGGCCUGUUGGCAGCCAGCUCAGCCGGGGAACGGGCAGUAUGACUCGCUUUGUGAAUGAAAAGCACGAAGUUGUCAGCACAGAACCUGGCCAGUCCUUGAUAAACUCUCUCCUCGGUGGUCAGAGGCCAAGCAGCCCAUGUGUCUCAAGGUCCUGAAGAACUGGGCUAUGUCCCUGAGGCUCCCUCCACCAUCUGACUACUGGGUCUGGGGAACAGGCUUUUAAACCAGGCUGCUGCCCUGGGGAGUGCUCACUGGAUGCCAGGGUGCCCCAUAGGGACAGGGUCACAAAGCCCUGGGGCUUCCCCUGCCAGUCCUGGUGAGGACAGUGUGGUCACUAUCUCAGAGAGAAGAAAAAUGAAUAUUCUGUCUUUUCAGACUAAACUACUCACCCAGCUCACA